AUGUCUUCGUCAUCCGCAUCUGCACCUGGCCCACACCCGCUGGCCCUCCCGCCCACCUUCUCUCCCGAUACUCUAGACGCCCUCUCCGAGCUCUCCCUCGUCCUCGCCCGCGUCCGCGCCGGCAUUCAGUCCUCAGCCGGAAUCACCACCGAGCCUGCGCCAGGAACCACCGGCCCCAGCGCCUCCGGACCUACGCUCUCCUUCAAAGAUGUGCCUGGAGCGACUGAUGGCUUGAAACACAAGCUGCAGCGUGCUCGCAACCAGGUUCGCGAGCUGCCUGAUAUGGACCGCUCUGUCGCAGAGCAGAACGAGGAGAUCCGUGAGCUUGAGAGUCGCAUUGAGAAGCAGCGCGCACUACUUCAACGACUCAGAGACGAAGCUACCGGAAGGGAUCGAAAAGACGAUGUCAGCGCUGGUGACAAGAUGGAGUCAUGA